UCAGCCUGUUUUAAAAUAUAUCUGAUCGAUUUAUAGUUACUAAUCCAUCUAUGCAAUUAACUGUUAUGUAAGAUUAUGUAUAUAUAAUAUUUGUUUCUAUUCAUUAGUUCUAAUAAAUAACAAAUUGACACAAUGAUAUUUUUUCUUAUUCCUUUCAUAUGUAAUGUACGGCAAAAACAAGUUACGAAUUACCAGAAUUGUGGGUUUUUUUCUUAUAAGAAAUAUAUAUUCUUUGGGGAAACUUGUGGACAUGAAUAUCUGUAUGGACAACCACUAACACUACUGAAUGUAUCAUUAAACGUUGCAGUCUCACCCUUUGGUGAUAAAGAUGCCCAGCCACUCCCAAUGGUCCAUAUAUCCUCAUCUUCCUACUUGAUCCAUAAUAUCAUGAAUUUCACAAAAUGUAAAUUUCAGUUUCCAUCAUUUUCCUGCAUUAAGUACACCUGGCACGCUAUCUUUCAAUCUAAAAUGAACUAAAAUAUGGAAGUGAAUAAUUCACGGUCGGAGUGUUUUAAUAGAGGACAUGCCUUCUUUUAAAUAGCCCGGUGCAUUGAAAACCCUUAAAAACUGCGUACUACAGAAAACACGUUCAGCUCCAGUUAUUUAACUUCCUUCUUGAGUGUGUACGGCAGUCAGCAUGAAGGUUUCAAUAUAUAUCCUGUUGAUUAGUUGUGUGUUUUCAUAUGCGUACGAUAACAUUGCCCUCAACAAACCGGCAUGGCAGCUUCAUCCGUAUAGUAAAACCAAAUAUUCUGCAAGUAAUGCUGUGGAUGGUCGCAAAUCUAACCUCCACGUGACUGGGAACCAGUGUGUGAUAUCGGAUAUUAAUCAAACGACAGCCACAUGGAGAGUGAACCUAAAGGACAUCCUCAGUAUACGUCACAUUACCAUUCAUUACAGGACGGACAAUGUCACAUGGGGUCCGCAAAAUCCAUACUCCGGCAGAUUUGUGGGGUUUUCGUUAUACGUAUCAAACACAACCGACAGAACACGUGUCUCUGACACAGACUACACCAGGGAUACCAUACCCGCUGUCAUUAACGUCACCUGUCCAGUUCACGGACAAUAUGUCAUCUACUACAACGAAAGACUACAAGGAAAGACCUACCCUUCUGGUUAUAGUCUCUACGCAUUUAAUGGUGUCUGUGAAGUCGAGGUUUAUGGAUGUCCCAGCUCUGGGUUUUACGGAGAAGAAUGUUCCUUUCCGUGUCCAGAUGUCAACUGUAGAUAUUGUCAUAUAGAGACGGGGACGUGUCAGGGGUGUAACCCUGGAUAUAAAGGUCACCAAUGUGAACAAGAAUGUGACAGUAGACAGUAUGGUGAAGACUGCCAGCAUGAAUGUGGGAAAUGUAAAGACAUGGAACAGUGUCAUCAUAUAAACGGCACAUGUUUAAACGGAUGCGAACCAGGUUUCAAGGAAGGAAGAUGUGUAGAACCAUGUGAUGGUUAUGAAUAUGGAGAGGGAUGUCAACAGAGUUGUGGAUCGUGUCUAAAUUCAGAACAGUGUCACCACGUAAAUGGAUCUUGUUUGAAUGGAUGUAAUCCGGGCUACCAGGGAGAGACAUGCAAAGAAAGCAAGUUGUUAACAUACAUCGUGAUACUAUAUUAUGCUUUAAGGGUAAAUUAUUGA